AUGGUGCCUUUGCUCCGUGAUGUCUGCUGUGGGACAGCUAAGCAAAUCCUGGUGGGCAAAGGUUCCCCCCGCCACCCCAACUCCCUGUUUGUCUACCAGACCUCCUACUUGCUGGUGUCCCCGCCAGGCUUCAUCUACCAGUUCAUCCCAGCCAUGAAGAAAUACAAGAUUCAGCUGGACAAGCCUGAAACUUGGGAAGAGCAAUGGCAGCAUGUCAAGAUCUCACUGAUAAGAAUCCCCACUUUGCUCUACCAGCAUUCAGAGGACUUUGAUAUCCCUUACAAAUGGGACCCCAUGCCUCCAUGGUAUUCUGUUACUGCUCAAUGCUUGGGCUGCUUUAUAAUUGAAGAUACAUGGAUCUACUUCAUGCACAGAUUAAUGCAUCACAAGACCUUCUACCCAUAUUUACAUAAACUUGAUCAUGAAUUUAAGGUGUAA